UAUAAGAGGAAGUUACUACUAAAAUGUUAAAAUAUUUGAUACAUUUGAAAUUAUAUAUACUGUAGGCAGUGAGGGUUUACAGAUGCCAGUAUAUAUAAUAGUUUUGAGAAAUUUAAAGACUUCAAUAACAAUGGCAACAGGUGGGGAUAUCACUAUAGAUGAAACUGACCAAAUGCAAGAUGAAUUUUUUGAUAUUCAGUGUACACUUUGUGAACUAAAGAAUAAAAACUGCAAAGCAGAAAAAUAUUGUGUGGACUGUAAAGAUAAUUACUGUUCAACAUGUGUCAAGUUUCAUGAAGAUAUUCCAGCUUUAUUAAAACACAAAAUUCUAGAAAAGGAUCAAUUCCAGUCAAUGUCAAGACAAACACAGUUGCCCAUACCAACAGAAAGAUGUGAAAACCAUAAUCAUAAUUGUGUUGACAUGUACUGUGAAGAACAUAAUCAGGUGGGAUGUCAAAUGUGCAUGGCUAUAUAUCAUAGAUCUUGUAAAGACAUAUCCUACAUACCUGAACUUCUUACCAACAAAACAAAUAUUUACAAAGUUGAAGAUACCGAAAAAAAGCUUCAAGAAAUAAUGCAAAAAGUGCAUCAGUAUCAAGACAAGUUUGAAAGUAAAAGGAACAAAGUCCUUGGAAACAAAGAACAACUUUUGCAGCAAGUAGCUACAAUAAGAGAAAGUAUCAAUAAACGGCUAGAUGUACUGCAGCAUGUGUCUAUUACACAGAUAGAGGAAAUAACAGAACCAGCCCUAGAAAAUAUCCAAGAUGACCUAAAAGUACUUGAGGGAACUGAGGCCCUGCUGCACUCUGCAACAAACACUCUAGUAUCUACAGGAUACAACAUUUCACAAGACUUUGUAAACAUAAUUAAAAGCAAAAACAUUGCAAAAGAAGUUGAGAGGUUUCUUGAUAGAAGUAAACCUGAAGAGCAAAAUGAAGAAAUUGAGCUGAAGGUCAAUGAAGUCCUCUCUGAUAUGCUCCGAGAGAUGGAUAGCUUGGUAAGCUUAGAAGUAAACAAAGUUCCCAUAAGCUCUAUAGAUGAACCUUCCACAAAAAAUGAAAUGUGUAAAGAUGAUGACACCGUAGUUUCAGAGGACUUCAAGGAUUUAACAGAGAAGAAAACAGAACUGGAAAAAUUAGAAAAUGAAACGAUCUCUGGAGAAUGUACCACUGAAAGUAACCAAAAAAGACUAAAUAAUGUUUUACAAGAGGAACCAAAAGAAAACAAGCAUUUAAAAAAAUUCAAAUUCAAAUCUAAAAAAAUGAUCGAUGUCAAAUAUCCAUCAGACCUAAGUACUCCAAAUAUCUACAGCAUUUGCUUCCUACAAGAUGGAACGCUAGUACUAGCUGACUUCAGUAACCUAAGGUUAAAAAGAGUUGACAGACCUGGAUAUUCUAUAUUAGACUACUGUGACAUCCCGGGAAAGCCGUGGCAAGUUUGUACCAUAUCUAACAACGAGGUGGCUGUCUCUUGCUCAGAUACAGUCUUACAUGUUGUUUCCCUUCAACCCAAGAUGAAGAAAACUCGCACGAUAAAACUUACACAUAGCUGCAGAGGUUUGGCAUAUGCCAACGGAAACUUGUAUCUUUCUGAUUCUACAUCAGUAUAUAUUUAUGAACUUAAAGGCACUACGCUUAAACAGUUGUUUAAGAUUCCUUUGUCUCAUGGCAUCAGUGGUUUAGCCGUCACUAAUGAUGGUUCAUCAAUAUAUGUUGCUGACAUGGAAGAAGGUUUACUUGUUCUUAAUAGAAAUAGAAAAAAGUUCAUCACAGGUAAAUUUUAUAACAAUCUGUUACAAGGAGCCAAUUAUGUAAGUGUUACAGAAAAUGGAAGAGUUUUAGUUGCUUGUAACCAUACUAGGAAUGUUCUCCAGUUAGGUCCUGAAUGUGAGUUUAUAGGACAGUUAUUGAAGACAGAUAAAAUCAAUGUACCAGUUUGUAUAUAUCAUGACCAUCUGUCUAACAAAAUCAUUGUAAGCUAUACAAAUCAGAACAAAAUCGAGGUAUAUGACUUAGAAUAAUGGAAUAGACUUGUCAGGUAUUGAAUUCUGAACUGUUCUUUUAUAUGACAUCAAGAUUAUAAUGAUAAAAUUUAGCAGCAUAGAGUAAAGCAUGUCAUCAGAAUAAAAGGAUGUGCAGCUUUGUCUGGCAAGUUUUUAUUGCCCAUUUAUAUUAAGAAAUUAACUAGGAAUAUGAUUUCACUCUUUUCUGCCCAACUAAUAAGUCUAUCAGAGAAUCUAUUAUAAAAUAUGCAUAAUUAUGUAUAUGUUUAAUUCCUUUAGUCAAAAUAUCAGAACUGUUUAAAUACUUGUUUUGAAUUAUAGAUAUGUAUAGAUAUGUAUUUAA